CCAAUAUGAAUGACAUGUAAACAUCUGCGGAAAAAUGCUCUGCAAACAGAGUGAUUUAGAGUUAAUCUUGUGAUUUCCUCAUUUGUGUUUGCAUACAUUCAAAGGUUUUAUAUAUCACACAACCUGCAUACCAAAAUAGGAAAUGUGACUGCUUUUUCUCUCUUUCCCUCUCUCUCUCUACCCUCCAGACACUAUGCAUGAGAUGACCGUGACUCAGAUCAGCGUUGGGGCCACCAACUGCAACCUGACCUACUUUGAGGACCGCGUGCCCCUGGUUGUGCUUUACAGUGUGGUACUGAUUAUCGGGCUGCCCGCCAAUAUCGUUACUGUCUACCUGACCUUCCUCCAGGUGCGCCGCAAAAACGUCCUGGGCAUCUAUCUGUUGAGCCUGUCCGUGUGCGACCUCAUCUACCUCUGCACCCUGCCCAUGUGGGCCGACUACGCGAACAUGGGCCACCAGUGGCGCUGGAGCUCCAUGGCUUGCAAGGUGACGGGCUACUUCUUCUUCAACAACAUGUACAUCAGCAUCUUCCUGCUGUGCUGCAUCUCCAGCGACCGAUAUGUGGCCGUGGUCUACGCCGUGGAGUCGCGCGGCCUUCGCCAGCAGAGGCUGGCAGUUGCGGUUACCAUGGUAAUCGUCUUGGUGGUGUUCAUGGGCCACGUGCCAGUUUUUACCAUGAUGGAGGGCAACACGGUAGAGAAGAAAUGCUUCGAGCCGGGCCAGAGCACGCUCACCGUGACGGGUUUCAACUACGCACGCUUCGUCAUUGGCUUCUUGGCCCCGCUGGUCGUGCUGGUGGUCACCAACCGUGCCAUCCUGGCCAGCGUGCAGGCCAGCACGGGGCUGCAGCCGUGCCAGAAGGAGCGGGUGCGCUACUUGGCGAUUGCCGUGGUUAUCCUCUUCCUGGUGUGCUUUGCGCCAUACCACAUCAUCCUGCUGCUUCGCGCAGUCACCUUCCACAUCCCCAAGCUGCAGAAGACAUGCAACUUCGAGGAAAGCAUCUACACCCCUUACACUAUCUCUUUGGGCCUGUCCACCUUAAACAGCGCUAUCAACCCCAUCCUCUACGUGCUCUCCAGCGACAACAUUCGCAAGGAGCUGCGUCGCGGCCUGAAAUACCUCCGGGGGCGGGCCACCCUGCAGGCACGUUCCACCGACAGCAGCCAGCACAAGAUGCACAACUCCAAGAACUCGUCAGAAGUGGCGGCCGCCAUACUGGAUGUGGCGAAGAAUGGCAGAGGAAGGGUAGGGGUUUGAUAUGGGAGCCAGAGGGGUAUGCAGAUAUGACUGCUGAAGGAACCCUGGACUGGUGACUUGCAGGUACUCUGGAAUAUUAAACAGACUCAGCAUAGAGCCAGGUGGAGCCCCUAACAUAGCAAGAGCAAUGGGAGACAAUGUAUUCCAGCCAUCCCAGAAACUGACUGGAAUGUAUAUGAUUGAAAUGUGUCAAGCAGGACUUCAACCCAGCUUUAAGUUAAUUUCUGCCUCAUUUUUUGCUGUUCGUCUCCGGUUGAAGAAAUUGGGUCAUUCCUGCUAUGCGGUACCUUUUGGACCUCAUAACUUUUGUAUUGUAUUUUUAGUGUACUAUCAGAAAAAGGGAAACAUAUUGGUCAAGCUCAGGCACUUACAUUUUUUCAGGUGCAUAAUCAUAACAGGGUGGAACAUAACAGGGUGGAAAUGUGGAGCCUAUAUUAGCCAUAGCGCUGGGAGUGAGCAAGAUUGAGCUAGCAUAAUGGUGAACACUUGAACAGGAUUUUAAAUUCUCUUAUCAAACAUAUUUUAACAUUUGUAAAUGUUUUGAUUUCCUCUAAUUUAGCCUAACAGGGUGGAAAUGUAUGAGUGGGACAUGCAGACUAUUAAUAUUUAUUUAGCCAUGCACCAUUGUUUCCCCACCAAAGAAAUGAUGACUCUUCCUAAAUAUGGUGUCAUUGUAGGAAGGGGUUGUUUUCUUAAGUGGAGAAUUAGGACAAACUAACAGGAUGGAAAGUGAAAUCAGGGACACACAGAAAUAAAUAAAAUGAUAAUAAAUAAAGUAAUCAUGAAAAAAACGUUAUUGAUGAGAGAUAAUUUAACUAGGACUAUAAAAUAAUGAAAACAUAUUUUAAAUAGUGUAUUUUAUGGCUAAUAUUUCUCAUGGAAGUUGAUGAAUAACAACCGGGGACAAAAAAUGCCUACAUCAAUAUCCAUAUUUUUGUGUUAAGGUAAAGGACACCUGACUUUAUAUUUAAAGCCUUUUAGAAUUCACAUUUUACACUGAAUAAGAAGUAAUAUACUGAAUCCUGGGUGACAGAAAAGGCACCACGUAGUUGUAGGAAUGAACCAAUUGUCAAUGUUUGCCAAAUUCAGCAUUUAUUUGUGUCCAUGUGAAAGAAAAGUUUGAAACUUGACUGCUCUGGUGCUAAUGUUGGAGUGAGAAACAGAUUUUCUAUGAAUGGAAAAAUUGUGUUUUCCUUUGGACAAAGAAAUUGUGCAAAAUGUGAUACGCUGCAAUACAUAUUAUACAUAUAUUGUGUUUGUCUCUAGAAACAUAGGUGAUUUCACUGUAGAUGAUACAUAGAUCAACAGCAUGCUCUUACAGUUUAAUAUUUUAUUUUAAAACGAACAUUUUUAGUUUUCGUCAUGUUUUUGGUGUUGUGUUUUGCAACAUGAAGAUAUAAUCUUCCUAUAACCUUUUUAUAUACAUUUAGUAUUUUUCAUCCUAUGUUGCAGACCUUUUUAAAAGUUUGUAAAAAGCAAAGGCUUGUUCUUUUUAUUGAAACAUUUCAUCUCGAUUAAUAUUAUUUAUACUGUUUUUGUACAUUUUUAAAUAAACAUUUGAAGUAAAA